UUCAGGGAAAUAAGAAGGGCUGAACUCCAAUCAGCUGCACUUGAGACGGAAGCCAUUGUGCAGGUCCCGGACAGAAACAUGUAUCUGCGAACUGGUUUCAUCGUUUUCUUGUCCCUGGUGGCGCUCGCCUGUGCGGAGCCAGUGAAAUAUGUCGACUGUGGAUCAUCUGUCGGCAAAGUGUCCAUGGUGGACAUUAAGCCCUGUCCUCGUCAGCCGUGCCAACUGCAGAAGGGCCAGUCCUACAGUGUCAAUGUGACAUUCAGCAGUGAUGUGGUAAGCCAGACGAGCAAAGCGGUGGUUCACGGGGUGAUUGCUGGAGUCCCCAUCCCGUUCCCCAUCCCUAUCGAGGAUGGCUGCAAGUCUGGAAUCAAGUGUCCCAUCCAGAAGCAGCAGAGCUAUAACUAUGUGAACGCACUGCCUGUGAAGUCCGAGUACCCUGCUAUCAGGCUGGUCGUGGAAUGGGAACUGAGAGACGAUACAAGCAAGGACUUGUUCUGCAUCAAGUUCCCAGUUCAGAUUGUCAGCUAAUUCAUCGAUGGUACCUCCUGCACAAUUGUUUUAAGGGAUUAAAAAAAAACAUAAAAAUAAGAUUGGGAAUGUUAAUGAUUCUAUUAAGAUCUCAUUUUAUUCAUUCAUCAGAUUGGUUUUUAAGCUGUGUAGCCUUUUCACUGGAUUGCAAGAUUUUCAGUUGCCCUGCAGCCAUCUCUAACUCUGCAGCCGAGUGUUAACUCAAAUCAAUACAGGGCUUGUUGCUGCGCCGUGUGAUCUCACUAACCGUUGAUUCUGAGUUUUGUGGAGGUGAAAUGAGGGUAGUGAUCGUGUCAGUGACCCUGGCUGGUGAAAUACAUUCCACUACAGUGCAAUUCUCUCCAUGUCAUGUCUUACUGGCUGCUGUGUAGUCGGAACAAAAAAUACUUCGCAUAUGCUGCACUUUUUCCACUUAAAACUUUUGUAAUAUGUACUUCAUGUAGAACUUGUUCUUCCAAACAGUUAAUUUUUUUGUAAAUGAAUUUGAAUAGUUAAUUAUAAUAAAGAGAUUUAACAUUUA